GAAGAAGCAGGCUAAACAGUAGCUAGCGAGCUAGCGCCACCAGUUGCUGUUGUAAUGUUGGCGAGUCAAGCCGGGGAGGACUGUCCUGGGACGGCGGUGUCCUGCAAUACUGUUGCCAAAGCAUUUGGAUAAGACUGGUGCUUCAUUAUGCGGCGGGGGGAGCACGUUUCACGGGCUUUCCAGGCCCCGGUGGACGUCCAUGCCAGUGCAGAUGGCCAGGUUUACAUGUUCAACAGGAGGCCCAAUGAGUCCUCAGAUGAUGAGGAGCUCAACGUCAUGGAGAUGAGGCCACGCAUUUACCAGGAGCAGGACAGACUGAGGAACGUUCAGCUGCUGGAGCGGGAUGUGGUAGAUGGCGACAACCUCAACAAGCUCGCACUGCAGUAUGGCUGCAAGGUGGCAGAUAUAAAGCGGGUGAACAAUCUUCUGAAGGAACAGGAUUUAUUUGCACUUAAAUCCAUCAAAAUACCCGUUCAGAAACACAGCUUUUUAACUGAGAGGUACACAGACCUCAGAGACCCUGAAGAAGAAAUGCCGCGUUCAUCCACUACACCAGCGAAGCCUCCGGAUCGAGCCAGAGCCCAGCCACAUCUGCAGGAGGUCACGGACUUUCUAAUGGAGGUGGACCAAGAUAUUGAGAAACUGAUUCAGACUACAAAUGAUCAGGAUGACGAUCUCUUGGAUAACCCGGAGAAACAGCAGAGGUUUGGUCUCAAAGGACAGCCCCUGAGCAGUCACGGUGCAGACUGGGGCAUCCAGUGGUGGAACGCCGUGGUCGCCAUGCUCCUGAUCGGCAUCGUCCUGCCUUUAUUUUAUGUAAUUUAUUUCAAAACAAAAGAUAGUGAAGUAGUUUCACCAACAAAUGGUAGCAGUGCUUUUAGUCAGUCAUCCACAACCUCUUCAAACUCCUCAGAAACAAGUACAAGUUGACCUGAGCGGUGUCAAGAACCAGGAUAGUACAGAGUCAGAUCAUUUUUAAGACUGUGGGGGUAGAUGGGUUCAGAAGUAGGUGACAAUCAAGAUAAAGCCAAAUCUUUUAACAUUUUACCUCGUGCAACACCAGCAUGUAUCAGUGAAUUUUACCUUUUAAUUUAUACGAUAACUGUGACACUUGAGGCAGAUACUUCAGUGGUUGUCUUGAAGUGAGGGCUGCACACUGAUCUGAUUUUUGUGACAGUGUAGGACACCAGCGAUUCAUCAGACAGCCAUCAAAAAGUUCUGUUUCCUGAAAUAUCACUCUUGAUACCAUUGAUCCUUUGGCUUUAAAACUUAAAAAUUAUUGUUCCUCAGGUGCUUUAAAUCUGAGGUUUGGUGCUGCAGGAAUGAGUCCUAAAAGGAUUUUAGCACUUGUGGUUCCCUCGUCUGAAAGUUAAUGGGUUUUUGGUUAGAUGAUUGAAACAAUAUGUGGUUAACAGAAGCUUAAGAGAUUUUUACAUUUAUUAAUAUGUCCGUAAAUAAUCCACUUGUUGUUAAGGUCAUGUGACCGUGGUGUAGUUUGUUUAUAGCAGAUUUCAUUUACCCUUCAAAAAUCAUGAAAGAGGAGUUCAUCUGUGCCUCUUACUGAACAUAAUGUGUAAGUAUCAUAAACUUUUUUUUGCCACAGAGCUUAUUUUCAGCAAUAAUCCAAAAUCGACUAAAAAAAAAUCUCAUUGGAUUUUUGUCAAGGGAACAAGGGCGAUGUUAACUUCAAGGCUGCCCUACAAAUAAACGUCAUUCCUGCAGCACAGAAAAUACUUUGUCUGAGACAAAAACAUCUGUUGUGUGGUCUUUAUCAAAGGGCUGGGCACAAAAUCAAAUAUCAUGGUAGUCCUGAACAAAUACCUCUAUCGAUAUUUUGACUAUUGUAGGGUUGACUCUUGGUGCUUUCACAAAGAUAUUACACAAUGAUGCAGUGACUAAGUGGGUAAAGGCAAAUAAAAGAACAGUCUGGUAAGGUCAUAAAAUCAUGUCACAUUACUGAAAUGCAGCCUUUAAAAUCAGGAGAAUACAGCACUCAAUAUCCAAAAUCUAAGACGAUAUCUAGUCUCAUAUCAUGAUAACUAUAAUAUAUCAAUCAAAUGCUCAGCCUUAGUUUAUCACUAUCAGUGCCUGUUGUCAGUAUCAACACAUCAAGUGUCACCAUAUCAGUGUCACAUUUGGGGUAAUCUUGAUAUCUGUCCCACUACAGUAAUAUAUUCAUAAACUUUAGCCUUACAAUGACAAACUGGAAGAAAACUGCGUGAGGUUUAGCUGUGUUUAACAUGGGUUUGAGCAUUAAUGGUGUGCCUUGUUUGACUUAACUUAUCUGUGGCUGUGUCCUCAUGCCUCCUCUCUGGGUCUGAAUACAGUGCCAAACUUGUAAAUUAUAUUUACUUGGUGCAAUAUACUUUAUCUUUUUAGCCUGAGUGUGUUCAUUUGACACUUUGCAAUCUUAAAAAUGUAAGGUUUUGCAUUUUUAAAAUGACAUGUAGUCCCCUGACUUAACUAUGGGAUAUUAAAAAGCGCCUUAAACCUUUGUCAGGUUUACGUAGUGCUGCACACUCAAUCUUAACAUUGUUUGAUGGGUAUUUAAGUCCACCAUGAGCAGGUGGUGAAGUUACACGGCUUGUCCAAAGCACUUUUUAAAGUCUAAGUAUUUUAAUUAUUUAAUAAAACUGGAAAAGUUAUUCUGUUGUCUAUUUAAAAAAAAAAAAAAAGUCAAUUUAUAUAAACGUUUUUAUUCAUCUUCAUAUUUGACAACAAACUUUGUAGCAUGAAAGUGUCUCUAAAAUAUUCUGACAGUUUGGGACCUGUGAUUUUUCUCAUCUUCAUUGUCUUAUACUUGUGGAUUGAGGUUAUACACAAACACAAUGUGCUGGGAUAAGACUUUUCAUCACUGACGGCUACGGUUACAGCAGUCGACCGUAUACUAUGGUGUGAAAAUUGACGGUUAUCAUACUGUGUACAUUUGCUCAUCUAUGGUAUUGAAAGAAAAAAUGCAUCUGGAUGGAGACUCGCCUGCACAUGCACAUCUUUUUUCCUCCUCGACUGCCUGGCAGACUUUUUACACAUAAAUCAUUGGGGGAAAAUGAUUUUUAAGCUUCAGUUAUAAUAAAGCAUUUGUUCAAGCAAAAAA